AUGCGUUCCACAUUCAUUCUAGGCUCCCUUGCUCUUUUACAAGGAACAGUCGCUCAACAGAUCACUGAAAUAUGGCAAACGACUUGGGAUAGAAAUAGUCUUUUGACUUUCUCCGCUGGUUCUGUUAACUUCGCCUCCCCGGGCACAGCUGCAAGUGCCGACAUCACCGUUGAUGACACCUCUGUGUAUCAGUCCAUGUAUGGUUUCGGAGCAUCGCUCACUGAUUCUUCUGCGCAACUACUGAGCACUCUGAAGACUCAAAAUUCUAACAACUACUGGGCACUUUUGGACUCUCUUUUCAAUGUUACGGAUGGAGCAAAUUCUGCUGGAUUAUCCUACCUCCGUGUGCCCCUUGGUGCAUCCGACUUUUCAGCAACCGUAUACAGUUAUGAUGAUACGAGUGGGGACACGGGACUGGGCAGCUUCAACAUCGAUGCUGCUCCUAGCUACGUCUUCUCUACGCUCACUGACAUCUUGUCGGUCAACAAUCGGUUAAAUGUACACGUAUUGCCAUGGUCACCUCCGGCCUGGAUGAAAUCCGGUUCAACGAUGGAAGGUGGAAGCCUGGACAGCCAAGAUGUCGACACGAUGGCUAACUAUCUGCUCAAGAGUUUGCAAGGUUUCCAGAGCAAGAGUAUCCCCAUUUACGCCAUUUCGAUACAGAACGAACCUGAGAACAGCGAUGCUACGUACCCGAGUUGCAGCAUGCCAGUGGCGACUGAGGCAGCGAUCGGAACCUCCCUAAGGAGCCUUAUGGACAGCAACGGUUUUACCGACACCAAAAUCAUCGGAUUUGAACACAACUGGAGUGACGCUGCCAACUAUCCCGUGCAACUCAUGCAGCAAGCUGGGAGUGCUUUCGAUGGUGUUUCCUUCCACUGCUAUGAAGGUACCGUCCAAGAGAUGGCCAACUUUACUUCUCAAUAUUCUACCAAGGAAGUCUACAUCACCGAGUGCACAGGAACGCUUGGCUCGGACUGGUGGAGUGACAUCAAGUGGUACAUGGAUAACCUUUUCAUCGUUGGGCCCCAGUACGGCUCAUCGAACGGCCUCAUGUGGAACUUGGCUCUCGACGGUAACGGCAACCCCAUCCUUUCAGGCUCAGACAGUUGCCCCAGCCCCGGAUGCCGUGGUGUUGCUCAGAUCAACAACGAUGGAACCUACAGCGUGAACCAAGAGUUCUACGCUAUGGGUCAGGCUUCCAAGGCUAUUCUUCCCAAGGACGUUGGCGGACCCUUUGGCAAGAGAAUUGGCGUCUCUGUGGCUGGCUCGCUUGGCUGGUCGCUGAUUGUAGGUGCCUAUGUCACCGCACGGUCUUCUUCGUCAGAUCCCAGCCGCUACUCCCUUGUGGUCCUCAACUGGGAUGACAGCUCCAGCACCACCUUCAACCCCGUUUCCGUCGACGCCACCAUCGAGUUCAAGGGCAUGCAGGCUUCCUAUACGUUCCCCGUCGGUGUCACCACCCUUUCGUGGUACGAUUAGAUGCAGUGGUAAAAGUCACUUUGAAAGUGAUAUCAAAGAAGUACGCAGUUUGUGUUUUUACUAUUUAUUGUUUAUCUCCCUGGGUGUAUACGAUGCUAUGUUCAUGAACCGUGAUACCUAUUAUUUAUACUGGAAUAAAGUCGAUGAAAUGCCAA